AUGAAUGGGAGGCGGGCGGCGCGGGCGGGCACAGCUGCGGCGCCGCGCCCGGGCCGCCACCGGCACCGGCACCGGCACCGGCACGGCUGGGCUCCGAGCGCCGGGCACGGCGCUGCCUCCGGCCCCGGGGCUCCGCCGGCCCUGCCCUGCCCUCCUGUCCCCCCCCAGCCCGGGCCAAUAAAAUGAUGCAGAGCUCCGCGCUCGCUGCCGAAGGGGCUGUCAAGGGGCUGCCGGAGAUCCUCGGCGUGCCGGUGCAACAAAUCCCCCAGUGCGCCGGCUGCAACCAGCACAUCCUGGACAAGUUCAUCCUGAAGGUGCUGGACCGGCACUGGCACAGCUCCUGCCUCAAGUGCGCUGACUGCCAGAUGCAGCUGGCCGACCGCUGCUUCGCCCGCGCCGGCAGCGUCUACUGCAAGGAAGACUUCUUCAAGCGUUUCGGGACCAAAUGCACGGCAUGCCAGCAGGGCAUCCCCCCCACACAGGUGGUGCGGAAAGCCCAGGACUUCGUCUACCACCUGCACUGCUUCGCCUGCAUCAUCUGCAGCCGGCAGCUGGCCACGGGUGACGAGUUCUACCUGAUGGAGGAUGGGAGGCUGGUGUGCAAGGAAGACUACGAGACCGCCAAGCAGAACGAUGACUCCGAGGCGGGGGCAAAGCGGCCCCGGACCACCAUCACGGCCAAGCAGCUGGAGACGCUGAAGAACGCCUACAAGAACUCCCCCAAGCCGGCGCGGCAUGUGCGGGAGCAGCUCUCCUCCGAGACGGGGCUGGACAUGAGGGUGGUGCAGGUGUGGUUCCAGAACCGGCGGGCCAAGGAGAAGCGGCUGAAGAAGGACGCGGGGCGGCACCGCUGGGGGCAGUUCUACAAGAGCGUCAAGCGGAGCCGCGGGGGCGGCAAGCUGGAGAAGGAGAGCUCGGCUGAGGACUGCGGCGUCAGCGACAGCGAGCUCAGCUUCCGUGAAGACCAGAUCCUCUCCGAGCUCGGCCACACCAACAGGGUUUACGGCACGGUCGGGGACGUGGCAGGCGGACAGUUGAUGAACGGCAGCUUCUCCAUGGACGGGACGGGACAAUCGUACCAGGACUUGCGGGACGGCAGCCCCUACGGGCUCCCCCAGUCGCCGUCGUCCAUCUCGUCCCUGCCGUCCCACCCGCCCUUGCUCAACGGGCUGGACUACGCCAUGGACAGCGGCCUGGGGCUGGUGGCACACGGGGCGCAGGGGGUGAGUCAGACGCUGCGCGCCAUGGCCGGGGGGGGCCCCACCUCCGACAUCUCCACGGGGAGCAGCGUCGGGUACCCAGACUUUCCCACCAGCCCGGCCUCCUGGCUGGACGACAUGGAUCACCCCCCCUUCUAA